AUGGCGAAAGCCGUCUUAGUCACUUAUUUAAUUGCUUAUUUCAUUACUUUAUCAUUUGCAUAUAAACAAGAAUGUGCUGUUGGUCCUGAAUAUUGGUGUAAAUCAUUUGAAACUGCACAAGAUUGUGGUGCACUACAUCAUUGUACUGAUACAGUUUGGCGCUAUGAUGAAAAACAUACAAAAAUUGAUUCAUCAACAACAUGCGAAUGGUGUCAAAAAAUUCUGGAAAAUACUCAUAAAGGCAUUCAACAUUUAGCUAACAAUGAGGAUUUGAUUAAAUCAUCAUUAUUAAAUGGAUGUAAAUUAUUUCCAUUGCAAAGUGUUUCAUCAAAAUGCACACAUACUGUUGAAAAUUAUGGAACACCAGUUGCUUCAUUAAUGAAACAUAAACGUUAUGCUACAUUAUGUCAUUUGAUGAGUAUUUGUUCGGAUGAACCAGUAACAGAACCUCCAUCGACUGAAAAACCAAUUAUUCUUGGACAAAAUCGAUGUACAUGGGGUCCAUCUUAUUGGUGUUCAUCGUUAAGUAAUUCACGUGAAUGUAGUUCAAUAGAUCAUUGUUCAAAUAAAAUUUGGUCACAACAAUCAAUUGAAAAGAAACCAAAUGAUAAUAUUUGUCAAUACUGUGAAUUUACUAUUCAAAAAUUACGUAAUAUUAUCGAUGAUGAGAAAACAGAAGUAUGUUCAUAGAUAAAAAUUUCAUUGAAGUUUUUGUGAAAUAUGAACUAAAACAAGUGUUAUAAAUGUAGAUCGAGAUUUUUUUUCCCAUUCCUUUACAAACAAUGAUAUAUGUAUAGCUUCUAAAAUAAUAUUUAUUGGGAAUUUUAACAAAUUAAUAAAAGAGAAACCUAUAGAUUUAUGAUCAAGCUAAAAAGCUUUAACAAAGAAAACCAUCCAAACUGAGUAUGGACUUUUGGAGC